UCAGGCAGCUCCACCCCCCAAAAUAGACACAAACCUGUGCAAGACAAUGAGCUGGGCCCCGGCGAGUUUAGUGUUCUCUGUUGCUUUCCUCUGCUACCUGAGCUCACUGGACUGUGGAUUUGUGUUUGAUGACCAUCGUGGAAUACUCAAAAAUGAUGAUUUGGCCUCAGAAAAGACAUCACUCUUUGAGGUUUUCCAACAUGAUUUUUGGGGUGGACCCAUGUCAAGAAAAGAGAGUCACAAAUCAUACCGUCCUCUCACUGUACUGUCCUAUAGAUAUUUGAACUAUUAUUUCUACCAGCUGGAGCCCUACAGCUAUCACCUAGUGAAUGUUGUACUGCACUGCACUGCUUCUGUACUGUUUCUCAUAGUCUGUCAAAACUUUCUCACUGAUCAUACGACAAAACAACAGAAGUCGAUUUUUGAAUCAUUCAAGGCAAACAUGUGGCCUACAAUAGCUGCAUUACUAUUUGCUGUACAUAGCGUUCACACUGAAGCAGUAGCCAGUAUUGUUGGUCGAGCAGAAGUUCUCUCUUGUAUAUUCUUUCUCCUAUCACUACUAUCCUAUUUGAAAGCUAUAACAAACAUUAAGUAUAGCUCACACUCACCUUUGCAGCAGACAAGAUGGAUAUGGGUGGUGGUAUGUGUCUUCUUUGGUGCUUGCUCUUUGCUAAGCAAGGAGCAGGGUGUAAUUGUACUAGGAGUGUGUGCAGGCUAUGACGUCUUCCUAAACUGGGAGGUACUUUUGAGAGUGCUAACUGAAUUUUGUAGGAGUAAACGAAAGAGGAAGAUCAGUGGAGAGCAAGUGGUUGUGAAUGAGAUGAUACUGCUGACAGAAAGUGCGGAGAAUAAAGAGGUUGCUUCUAAUACUAACAUUUUGAACGGAGAAUCUACUCCAAAGAUAGUAAAAUUUAACUCUAGCAGUAAUGGAAAACACAAGAGAGCCAGUACUAAUGAAUCAAGUGACUCUCCUCCGAUAGGAACUAUUGUAGGAAGAAUUGGUACCCUAGUGACAGCUGGUCUUCUGCUCUUAUGGUUUAGACUCGCCAUGAACUAUGACUCAGAGCCAAUCUUUAAACCCAAUGAACUCAGAGCUGCUUAUCAUGACAACAGAUCAGUGAGGGCACUCAGUUUGAGUAACAUAUACGCCAUCAAUGCAUGGCUUCUCCUCUCUCCCUCUUCUCUGUGCUGUGAUUGGUCGUUGGGCUCUGUUCCCUUGGUAACAAGUGUUACCGAUACCAGUAACAUCUGGUCUCUUCUCCUCUACACCAGUUUACUAGCGCUGAUCAUUCAUACAUUGAGAUCAAAAAGAGACAGAAUACUUGUUGGUAUGGGACUUAUGCUCUUGUUGCUACCGUUUCUUCCAGCAACUGGCCUCGUAUUCAGAGUGGGGUUUGUAGUGGCAGAGAGAGUACUGUACAUGCCUAGUCUUGGGUCAUGUUUCCUGGUCACAGUUGGAGCAAAAAAACUAUCAAACAAAGCUCACAAGAUGCAACAAUAUCUGGUGUACUUUUCUCUAAUUGGUCUACUAGUGGCAACAGGAGUGAAGACAUAUGAGAGAAAUAAGGAUUGGGAGACUGAUUUCAAGUUGUUUGAGUCUGGAGUGAGAAUCAUCCCCUCUAAUGUGAAGCUGAGGAGCAACUAUGGGCUUGAGUUGAAAGAGAGGGGCAGAGUAGAGGAAGCGAGAAGACAAUAUGAGGCUGCCAUGGCGUUUGAUCCUGAUUAUGGGGAAGUGUACUUUAACUAUGGUAACUUGCUCUCUGACGAAAGGAAGUUUGGGGAAGCUGCAAAAAGUUAUGAAAAAGCGAUUAUGUACCCUCAAAUGUAUGCCAAGACCCUGAACAAUUUAGCCACCAUGUACUUCAGGCUAGGGAGACAUAAAGAGGCAGAGGACAAGUACUUGGAAUCCGUGCAAGUGACACCUGAUCAAGCAUCCACUUACAACAAUCUAGCUAGUCUUUAUGGAGAAUUAAAGCGGUACAAGGAAUCUGAGAAGAUGUUUCAGAAAGCUCUGAAACUCAGUCCCAAUUACGUUGAGGCAAUUUUCAAUUUAGGCACCCUGUAUGUCCAGAUGGGUCGGUGGGACGAUGGCGAGAAGGAACUAAGACGUGCCUUGGAGCUGAACCCCCAUCACCAUGGAGCUAUGAACAAUCUCAAAGUGGCACAGCACUAUAAAAUGAAACAGAACAGAUAAAAUUUGCCAGCAAAAGCUGUUUUUUUCAUGACCCAAUGAAAUUCUAACCUGUAAAUAAUAUACAAUCUGUGUUAAUAUUCAUAAUUAUAUAUAUAGUCACCUA